UUCACUCGAAUAAUUGAUUAUCGAGCGAAUUCGGAUAUUCCAGAUUUGAUAAGCUUUCUAUUUCGAACGUUGCCGGUUGAGAAGGGAAUAAAAGAUGAAACGAUUGUCAAGUCAAUCGGAAGAAAAAGGGGUGAAACGCAACUAUUAAAUACCAGCGGGUAAAAGAGAAGCGCACAUAAUCGAUGAGACACCCCGGGGAGAAACUGCAGUGGCAGUCAAGUCAUGGAGAGAUUCAGUCCACCAGCUGCGUCGUUGAAGAAAAGGAUCAGCCCUCCGAUAGCUUGGAAUCUUGGCCUCGCCAAUAAGGAUCCGAAGAUUAUCAGAGUGAUCCUGCUGGGCCAUCAGGGUGUCGGUAAAACUGCCCUGGCAGUGCGAUUCGUGACCAGACGAUACAUAGGGGAAUACGACUGUACUGUCGAGAGGAUUUACAAGGUAGAUAGCUUCCUGGAUGCAUCGUGGGAGAUAACUGAUCCACCAGGAUAUCUAUCACCUCCGUCUGAACUGAAAUUACGAUGGGCGGACGCUAUCGUCCUCGUUUACUCUGUAUCCGAUCGUGUCAGCUUUGACGAAACGUCUCGUCUUCGAUUUCUGGUAUCGCACGCGAGGAAAACUAGAAAAAUCCCGCCGAUCGUAAUGUUGAUAGCGAAUAAAGCAGAUUUAACGUACACGCCGGGCGAGAGGGUAGUUUCCACAGCAGAGGGUCGCCAAAGAGCCGAGGAGAUCGAGGCCCACGCAUUUCAUGAAAUAUCCGUCCGAGAAUCCGUCGAACAGGUCAUGGCCGUUUUCACUGACAUAUCCAAACUGUUGACGGAAUUGCCGGGCAAUUCUGGCCAACAAACGAAUACCUUCAGGGUGAGAGCCUCCACCGAUGGAACCUUGGAUGUUCUCCGACGUCCUUCGCCUGUUCCGCUCAAGAGGAGAUUCAGCAUUUCCGUUCGAGGAACGCUUCAUUAAGUAAAGACGAAUUUACAUUUAGCUGAAGCUAAUGUUAAUAAGGUUGGCACGAAAAUACCACGUUUAAUGUGAAUUUCCAUUUCAAUAAAAAUCAACAAUCGAAGAAAUAAAGUAUAGCACUUAAAAUUCAUCCAUGUCUUAUUGCAAG